AUGGUUAAAAUUUUGACUCGAGUUUUAACCGCAUCCUUACCAAGCGUUGGAGCCUUUGUCAGCCCAUUGGGCUCCCGCAGUGCCAACAAGAUCAUCAACGACGUUUCACGUCGAACCAAAGUCCCUGUCCAAGCAGUAGAUGCCGAAGCUAAAGAUACCUUCGCCGCUGGAUCAUCCAAAGGCUCGUUCGCCAACUUUGACUACGAAGCCCAUUGGUAUCCUGUCAGUUGGGCACGCGAUCUCCAGGUGAACGACCCAACGAAAGUCACAGUCUUCGAUGUAGACUAUGUCGUUUCCAAAACUGCCAAUGGAGAAAUCAUUUGCAUGGAAGACAAGUGUGCACACAAGGGUGCUGCCUUGUCACAGGGACGAGUUACUGGCAACGGCAAGAAUUUUCAAUGCGCUUAUCACGGCUGGAGUUUUGAUGGGAAAUCUGGAGAAUGCACCGAAAUUCCACAACUCGUUCAAGCCGAUGGAUCGUCCACUCAGAUUCCAUCUCGGGCAUGUGGUACGGCUGUUCCAGCCCAAAUUCAACAAGAAAUGGUGUGGAUAUUCCCUGGAGGAGGCUUGGAAAAGGCUCUCCAGGCCCCAUCACCACCAUUGGUCCAAGAAGUAGAGACUGGAGGCUUUAAGCUUGGUCAAUUCGUCCGAGACUUUCCUGUCGAUUGGCCAAUCGUUGUCAGCAACAUUUUUGAUCCCGACCAUGGACUGUUCGCACACCAGGCUACUACCUUUGACAUGUACUCUGCAUCUUCCAUGUACCCCCUUGAGAUUCAAAACAACUAUCCAGACGACGGCAAAGGUUGGGUCUUGGAGAGCAAAGUCCAGGCCCAAGACAAACUAUUGGAUGUGAAUGCCAAAUUGCGAGAGGCACAAGGGGAAUCCAAAAAGAAGGAGAAAAAGAAGGACGAAAAAGAACUCUGGGCAUCUUCCUACUUCCAAGCCCCCUUUCAUUUGCAACUCAAGCGGGUGGAUCCUGAGACUGGCUCGACAAACUUUGUUUCAACUUUCUACAUUUGUCCUGUCGGAGUUGGAAGAACUCGAUUCAUGGCAGCACAAGGGUCUAAAACAGCAACCCCCCGUUGGUUGACCAAGCUCUUUACCGAUAACUUCUUGGAUCAAGAUACUUAUCUUCUUGCCACCCAACAGAAAAAUAUUUUGACGGCAGAAGCCAAAGAAGUAGAGGAGCUUUUGAAGACUGUGUCAUCGGCUGAAGAACUGAAAUCAGUGUCCAUGAAAACCCGUAAGAAAAUGUUUUGUUUGACAAGUCCUACGGAAAAGGUUGGUGCUAGGCUGGAGAACUUUUGGGACGACACUCUGCUGCGUGUUCCCAACCGCAUUCAGCGUCUCCUACAACUGAACGCUGUUGGAGCUUUUGCAACUACACCACCUCGCGAAGUAGUCUUGGACCGCAAAUCACAGCAAUAUGAUAUUAGCAAUGAUUCCAAAGAUGUCGUCAAGAAUUGCCAAAAAGUAUCUAAAUACUCAAAGUUGGCUGCAGUUGCAAGCAUUGCACUCAGAUUCACUAACAAGGCUCCCAAAGCGCUUACUUCGCCCACCGCUACCAUUGCAACUCUAGGACUUUGUUUCCUAGUCUCGUCGAUUGCACAGAAGCUUGAGCGUGAAUACUACUUCAAAUACACUGACGAUUAUCGACGAAAAGAUUUGGCCAAGAUCCCCAAGAAAAUCUGGAUUGACAAGGAGUACAUUGAGGGUGACCAUCGCGAUUGCAUCCCAUUUACGAAUUAUUCAGACUAG